UAUGUCAUUCAUCCGAUUGCUAUCGUGCCGGUAGCAUACCUCGCAACUGUGCUUUCGUCUGUUUGUUUAUAAUUUUCAUAUAAAGUUGAAAUAAAAAUGGGUGGGAAAUGGUCCAGCAUGGACCCUUCGAAAAUUGAAGUUCCAGAAAUUACUAAUUUACUGGAAAGAGAUCCCUAUUUAGAACCGUACGAGACGGAAAUUCGAAAAAGAUAUGCCCUGUUCAAAGAUUAUCUCGAAAAGAUAGAAACUGGAGACGGUAGUCUAUGCAAAUUUUCUAAAGCUUAUAAUGAUUUUGGUAUUCACAUUAACGAUGACAACAGUGUAAGAGCUCUGGAAUGGGCACCUGGUGCCGAAGAACUUUUCCUCACUGGAGAUUUUAACAAUUGGGACAGAACCAAAAAUUCAUAUAAAAAAUUAGAAUUUGGAAAAUGGGAGUUGAAGCUGCCCCCGAACGCAGAUGGAACUUGUCCGAUCAAACACCUUUCAGAAGUAAAAGUUAUUGUGAAAAAUCACAAUGGCGAAUUGUUGGAGCGCCUAAGUCCAUGGGCCACAUAUGUAACUCAACCGGAGGAUCGUAGCCAAGGAGUUACAUACAAACAACGAAUUUGGCAUCCACCAAGAAAUGAGGUUUACAAGUUCAAACAUCCAAAACCAAAACGACCAGCAAGCCUAAGAAUUUAUGAAUGUCACGUCGGUAUUGCAACUCAAGAAUUGCGAGUUGGUACUUAUCUCGAAUUUGCCAAAGAUACUAUACCACGAAUCGUCAAGCAAGGAUAUAAUGCCAUUCAGCUUAUGGCGAUAAUGGAACAUGCUUAUUACGCAAGUUUCGGAUAUCAGGUGACGUCGUUUUAUGCUGCUUCCUCGAGAUACGGUACGCCGGAGCAACUCAAAGAAUUGAUAGACGUCGCCCACCAGCACGGACUCUACGUUCUAUUGGACAUGGUCCAAUCUCACGCAUCAAAAAAUACCCUGGACGGUUUAAAUAUGUUCGACGGUACCGAUGCAUGUUUCUUUCAUUCCGGAAGCCGAGGUGAACAUCCGCUCUGGGACAGCAGAUUGUUCAAUUACGGAGAUUACGACGUGCUAAGAUUUUUGCUCUCGAAUUUGCGAUGGUACAUUGAAGAAUACGGAUUCGACGGAUUCAGAUUUGAUGGAGUCACAUCGAUGUUGUAUCACUCUCGAGGAGUCGGGCAGGGAUUCAGCGGCCACUAUGACGAAUAUUAUGGCCUCAAUGUGGACGUCGAAGGUGUAGUUUAUCUGAUGAUAGCUAAUUACAUGCUGCACUUCCUUUAUCCCGAGAUGGUAACAAUAGCAGAGGACGUGAGUGGUAUGCCAGCAUCUUGCAGACCUGUGGACGAGGGUGGUUUGGGCUUUGAUUAUCGUCUUGCAAUGGCAAUACCAGACAAGUGGAUCAAAUUGUUGAAAGAAAUAAAGGACGAAGACUGGAAAAUGGGCGACAUAGUUUGGGUAUUAACGAAUCGUCGGUGGAUGGAAAAAACAGUUUCUUAUUCAGAGUCGCACGAUCAGGCUCUCGUCGGUGACAAAACCAUUGCGUUCUGGCUCAUGGAUAAAGAUAUGUACACUCACAUGAGCGUCGUUAGCCCACCAAACCCCGUUAUCAGCCGGGGUAUCGCGCUCCAUAAUAUCAUCAGGCUCAUCACUCACGUUCUUGGUGGUGAAGCUUAUCUGAACUUUAUGGGCAAUGAGUUCGGCCAUCCGGAAUGGCUCGACUUUCCUCGUGUGGGUAACAAUGACAGUUACCAUUACGCUAGACGGCAAUGGAAUUUAGUUGACGACGAUUUGUUGAAGUACAAAUUCAUGAACAAUUGGGAUCGUGAAAUGAAUUUACUGGAAGAAAAAUAUGGAUGGCUUCAUUCCGAACCUGCCUACGUUAGCUGGAAACACGAGGAUGACAAAGUGAUCGUUUGCGAAAGAGCUGGUCUCGUCUUCGUUUUCAAUUUUCAUACGACCAAAUCUUUUCCCGAUUAUCCCGUUGGAGUUUACAAUCCGGGCACGUACAGAAUCGUCCUCAGCAGCGACGAUUCACAAUUCGGGGGUGAAACUCGACUCGAUUCUAAAGUCGAUCAUUUCACAAAACCUGAACCGUAUUCCGAUCGUCCGCACCGCAUGUUGAUCUAUACUCCAUGCCGUACAGCCGUUGUUUAUGCCCGAACGUCUUGAAUAAUUGACCGAUGAUUAUACCAAGCAUAACCGGAGGGCCUGAAAAAGAGCGUUGUGACGUUUGUUUACAACUGAUCAUGUUUUUUUCCAUAAUACUCUUUUAUAGAUCAUAGUUUAAUCGUAUUUUAUCAAAAACCAAAAAGAAAUCGAUAUUUUUUAUAGAAUGUUGUUAUACAAUCAUACUCAGCGUGUUCAAAGCUCUUUAUGCAUGUUAGUUUAUUUGCACAAUAAAAACCGUUUUUCAAAAAAGAACAAAUAAAAUUGUAGAGAAACGAUUA